AUGGCAGAUAACCCAGACAAGCUCCUAGAUUCCGCCUUAGACGAGUUCGAAGAGCACAAAGAAGAAGAAAAAAAAGAAGAAGCCUUUGAAAAGACCAUUAAAGAAACAAUAGAAGGUCUAGGAGACCUCGGAGGCGCAGGUGCUGAAAUGCCAGAGAUGCCUGAAAUAGAGCAUAUUUUUAGCACUCUUUCACAAGAACUUGACGCAAAUCCAGAGCUAAAAGAAGAAUUUGAAAAAUUAAGCGACGAUUUAUUUGGAGGAAUCAAUGGGAGCGAAGGCGUCCUAAACGAAUCCAUGGUAGAGCUUAGAGACAAAUUACGAGAAUAUAUCGACAGAAAAAGGACUGAACUUUCAGCUGAAGAUUUAUCUCGUUAUUCAGCUCAGCUAGACCUCUAUACCCAAAUCUGCGACAGCCUUGCUAAUGGUCAACAAGACCAAGCCAUGGAACUUGUAGCAAGAUUAUCUGACCAUGGAGAACUCCCCAGCGAAUUAAUGCCUCCAAUGCCAGAAGAAUGCACAAUUAUGUAG